UCCUAAGCCUGACUUCUCGUUUGACGAGCCUUCGGUGCAGUUCAACAGCGACGAUGCUCCUUCUUCCGACCCCAUUUCCCCGCCAGAGUCUACGGAGAACCAGCAUGAACCCGAAGAGAUUAUGCCCGAGAACUAUGUUGAAUCUGAGAACCCAUUUGGAAGCACAACUGAAGCUUCAUUCUUUGAUCAGAUUGCGACUCCUCCUGUUGAGGAGAAAACGGAGGAACCCGCGCCGACAGAGAAAGAGGUUGCAACUCAAGCUUCGUUUUUCGAUCAGAUCGCGACUCCAUCUGCCGAGGAGACCGAAGAAUCUGCGCCUGCAGAGAAAGAGAUUGCAACCGGAGCUUCAUUUUUUGAUCAGAUUGCGACUCCUCCUGUUGAGGAGAAGACAGAAAUACCCGCGCCGACAGAGAAAGAGGUUGCAACUGAAGCUUCGUUCUUUGAUCAGAUUGCGACUCCUCCUGUCGAGGAGAAGUCAGAAGAACCCGCGCCAGCUGAGGAGGAGGUUGAGACGUCAGCAAACCCCUUUACAGCAUCCGAACCGUCGUUUUUCGACGAGAUUUCAACCAGUACGGCGAAAGCUCCUGACGCCGAAAGUACACCAGCGGUAGGCGAUACGACUCUUGAGUCUUCUCAGGUUGUUCCCGAAGCGGCUCCUGCAGAGCCUGUGCUGUCUUUCCCCGCGAGCGGGCCCUCGAUCUUUGACAAUCUGGGAUCCUCUGAAGCAACUGUAGAGCAAAAGGAUAGCGAAGAAGCUGGACCAUCAUUGUCGUUCGAGAACGAGCCUGAAACCUCAUUUUUCGACCAGAUCGGCGCAUCGGAGCAAAAUGACUCGGGAGAAAUCCAUUUUGAUUCAGCGGGAGCGACCGAUGACUUCCUUUCUUCAAUUACACCUGCAGCACCAACAGAAUCGAGUGCGCCAGCUCAUAAAGACAUUGAAAUUGUUGCAGAGGACUCGUUCGACUUUUUACUAGAGGAUGAUGAUUUUCUUUCCGACGAAGAGCCUGCUCCAGCUCCUGCAGCCACAACAAAGGCGCCCGUUCAGGGUAGGACAUCCAGCUACAUUCCGGCGGCAGCAGUCCCCAGCCAGCCUACCUCCAACUAUGGUGGAAGUGUCUAUAACCCGGCGCCGUACGCGGCUUCUGCUACGGGAAGUAUCACGGGAGCUUCGCAAACCUCUCAGGAUGCUUACAAGCCAAAACCUUUCUUUUCCGAAUUACCUACGCUGCCUCAGCCGAAGCUGAUGCGAAGAAUCGAACAGUAUGAGCAACAUGCUAUCAACCAUACCACAUACGCUCCUCCUCCACCUGGUCCUGCUGCAAACUAUAUGAGCAACACCCCUCCGCCACCUGGUCCUGCUGCAAACUAUAUGAGCAGCACCCCUCCACCAGCCAUUAUACGCUCGCCUCCGAAUCAAUACGCUGCUCCAUAUACUUCUCCGCAGCAGCAGCAGCUCCUCCCCGCCAUAAACCCCUAUGCCCCGGUAUCGAGUACGGCGCCGUCGCAGGUUCCGCAGGCAUCUUAUGGUUCCCCUCAGCCUGCUGCUGCUGUUCCGAUAAACCCAUAUGCUCCGAUGACAACUGUUAGCUCACCUAUCAAGACUGCUCAGAAAAGCAUAAAUGCCUUCAUUCCUUCUCCAGGGACCGCAUUUGCGACUCUGGCUCCUGCUGAGACCUCUCAGAGCAACGCGUAUCCGGCACCGGCGAAUUACACCUCACCGCCCCCUCCCGCGCAGAGCAAUUAUGCACCUACGGUCAACAAUCCGUACACUCCGGUUGCGACUAACGCCUACGCUCCUUCGCCGAGCAACGCAUACGCGCCUUCGCAGCCUAGUAUGCCUGCUGCUGCGCCGGUCAAUAAUAGCUAUGGUGCGCAGCAGCCGCCGGGUGGACAAUACUAUGGCCAGCCUCAGGCACCUCCUGUGGCACCUCCAAAGACGCAGCCGCCUCGAUCUCAAAUCAAUAGCCGCGGGACAGACGCAUAUGAUCCCCCAUUUCUUCCUUCAACAUACGCGCCGCCGAAGCGGACUGUGUCUCAAACUUGGGCGUCAAAUGCUCCUCGGGCCUCGCAGGCACCUCCGCAAGGUCGGCCUACUCCGCCCCCUCCUAGAUCGAAUUACUCGCCUCAACCGGAGAAUCGGCAGCCGGCCUAUCCAGGUAUGCAGUCUCAGCAGCCGGCUUAUACGCAAGGCGCACCGUCUCAGCAGUAUCCGCCGCCACCGACGGGUGCAUACCGCCCUUCGUCGGCCGUUCCACCGGUGCAGUCUACUCCUCCGCCCAUGCAGCAUAUUCCCACAGCGGUACAGUCUACACCUCCCUCUGUAUACGGCCAGGCCGCAGCGUCGCAGCACGCUCCAUCAGGGUUGUCAAGGGCAUCUUCGUAUGCACCAUACUCGCCACCUCAGAAUAAUAACUCCCAGCAGUCGGCGGCAUAUCUCCAAACAUCUCCCGGAUCAUCGUUCAACGGCGCCAAACGAUCGCAUACGCCGCGACCCAAUAGAAGUGCAAGGCCCGAGCCACAUCCGUUGGUGUCAUGGGGUGCCAAUGGACGCAUUGCCACUAUCUUCCCGACCCAGAAUCCGCAGAUGGCUUACACAUCUACAGAGUUGGACUUUACUCACUCCACGAUCAAGAUGCACAAUGCGAAGGAUGUGAUUACCGAUCGCGCCCAUGACUUGGUCUACACCAAAUUCCCGGGCCCUCUCUUCCAUGUUGCGAGCAAGAGCACAAACAAAUCCAAGAAGAAGGAGGCUGCGAAGUGGAUGGAAAGCAAGAUCGAGGAAUUGAGCAAGUUGGUUUACGACGCAGUUGGUGCCGACGCAAAGCACGAAGCUGAAGACAAGGUCAGCUUGUGGAAGUGUGUCAAGAUUCUACUUGAGCAUGAUUACCGCUUUGCCAACAACGCUGAAGCCAUCAAAGAGAUCAGAACGGCGCUCGUACCGGAGAGUGCCGAUGACUCACAGGUUGAUGAGGUUGGACACUUCAGCAGUGCUACCGAUCUUUACCAACGCCAUGUGCGCAACGCUAGCUCUGGAUCUGUAGAGGCUUCUGGAUCAGUUGAUACUGCCAAAAAGAUCCAAGCGCUUCAAAAGAUCCGAGAGUCGCUGCUCAAAGGAAACAGAGAGGCGGCUCUCAUGUAUUCACUCGAUAACAAGAUGUGGGGUCAUGCGCUGUUGAUCUCGAAUACAAUCAGCAAAGAAAGAUGGACUGAAGCAGUUCAUGAGUUUGUGCAGACGGAAAUCAAAGGUAUCCAGACGUCUGAGGCUAGCAGCUUGGCUGUGGUAUACAACGUCUUUGCAGGUGCAGGGGGUGAAGCAGUCGAUUCACUUUUACCCCCGGGAAUGACGGUUGACCUUCUUCCCACUGCCAGUACGCGCGAUCAGGUACCUCAAGACCUACUCAAGUGGCGUGAGACUCUGGCUAUGAUCAUCUCCAACAGCUCUCCUCCUAACGACUUGGAUGCUAUCUUAAAGCUCGGGACGGCUUUGGAGCGGUAUGGCAUGACUUAUGCUGCUCACACUUGCUACAUAUUUACCAGUGCUGUAUUUGGAGCUGUUGACGAUCCCGCUGCAUCUUACACUUUGCUUGGCGCCGACUUCAGUCGGAACCCGUCGUCGUUCAGUAAAGAUCUCGACGCAAUUGUGCUCAGCGAGAUUUACGAACUGAUGGUAUCUCAGAGCGACCAAGUUCCAGCGGGAACCAUCUAUCCCCACUUGCAGUUGUUCAAGUAUCAGCACGCACUCAUGCUCAGCGAGUCCGGAUUGGUGGCCGAAGCCAAGAAAUACUGCGAGCAGAUUCUGGCAGGCGUGAAGGCUACGCCCAAAACCUCUUUUAUGUACAACUCCGAGUUCCUCGUCAGCGUCCGCGAGUUGGCGGCCCGACUGUCAGGUGUACCUGAUGCGGAAGGAAAAUGGCUCGGUGGUCUUGUGUCGAAGCCUACGUUUGGUAACAUGUGGGGUAACAUCGAUAAGAAGCUUGCCCAGUUUGUGGCGGGCGACGAUGAGAAUGCUAGUGGGAACGCUACGGCUAGCAACAAAGAAGGCACAGACGAAAGAUUUCAAAAGCUGGCUUCAAGCCCGACAUUGUCGAGGAACCAGUCAGUUGCGGAUCUUUCGGCCAUGGGUCAGUCUUAUUACAACAACACAGGUGGAGCGCACUCACCCUCGGCAAAUGCAAGUGGAAUGUAUAACCCUCGCUCGCAUGGCUCAUCGCCGUCCUCCCAUCGUGGCAAUACCUCGUACUCGAACUACCAAGACGGGUAUGCAUCCGACUACCCUCCGGUGCGACCACACUCGAACCCGUAUGCGCCUCGUCAAGAGUCGCCGAACCCUUACGCUCCUUCGACUGCUGCUGUCGAUAUCCCGCGGUCGAACUAUUCGCAGAACGCGUACGAGCCCACAGGAUCGUCAUAUGACUCGCAGCCGCGUAUGCAGCCGGAUUAUUCGCGCCCGGGAUCUGCUUAUUCCUACCGACCUGCAUCUUCACAAGGCGGUCGGUCGUCGGCUUUGGCGCCGCUUACUGCAGUCAAGCCAGCAGAGAAUUACUCGAAGCCUCCCACUCCCGCAUCGGGUACACAGGGGCCGCCGUCGCGUCCGGCAUUCCAGUCUCGACGCUCGUCGUAUGACUCCAACAACGCAUAUGACCCCACCCGAGCGUCUUCUGGGUACGAGCCACCAAAGCCUACGUAUGAAGCACCGGAGAACGAUGAGUACUCGGAGCUCAACCAUCGCAGCGGUUACGGUGACGAUGAGCUCUCCGGUUAUCCGUCAUAUGGUGAGGAAGCGACGACAGAGGAUCGAAACGAGUCAUAUGAUCCUGAGGGGGGUGUGAGCUCGGGCUAUCAGCCACCCGAAAUGACAUAUGAGCCUCCGACACCGACGUAUGAGCCGGAAGCCGAAACCGAAGAGCAAGCCGAGGAAGAACCAUCCCCCAAGAUGCCAGAGAUGCCUUCGUAUGGUUACGGCUAUGAGCCUCCCAGUUACGAGCCUAUGAUCGGCGGGCCCGUGAUGGGUGACUACGGAUCGUCGUCCUAUGAGCCGCCAGAGCAGGAACCUGAAUCCGGAGGAUAUAACGGGGGUUAUAUGCCACCUGAUCCCGAGGACAAUGCGGGAGACUACGAAAACGGGCAUGGUGGUCAUAAUGGCAAUAACGACCGAUAUGAUGAUGGCUUUGACGACGAUGAUCUCGGAAUUGGAAAUAGCUCUUUGCGCAAGAAGAAAGCUCCGAAGGAUGAUGGAGAGCAGAAGGAGGAGAAGGAAGAUAAGAAGGAGGAAGAAAAGAAGGAAGAGAAGAACGGUAAGCAGUGUCGUGUAUUAUUUAUUUUCGGGUUAUCGCAUAGCUAACAAUCUGUGUAGAUGAGCAUGCUGGUGCAGCGAAAAGUGGUUGGCUCUCGGGCUGGCUACGCAGGUCGAAGGAGCCAGCCGAUAACAAGCCGAAACCUAUCCGCGCCAAACUUGGAGAAGAGAUCAAGUUUGUAUAUGAUGAGAAGCAGAAGCGAUGGGUCAACCCGAAUGAUCCCGACGCCGGCAAACCUCCUGCACCUCCUCCGCCACCACCUGGUCGGAAGCCCGCGCCCGCUAGCUCGACUCCGGGACCUAGC